UUACAUUCAGGAAGUGAUUCUCGGCAAUGUGAAAGAAAUGCUUCCAGACGUUUGCAAAGUGAUACAUUCAUGGCGGGACAACUGAAGCGUCUGAAGGACGCAGUGAAGAUCAUAGGUUCCGGCAGCGUCCUGUUUGUCUCCUACCUCACUGCUGUGGGAGAUGAGCGCUUCUACACCAACCAGCUUAUGCCCUUGCUGCAGAGGAUUGUGGGAGCAGAGACAGCCCAUGUCAUGGCUGUGAGGUUAAUCGGCCUGGGUCUGGUGCCUCUGAACCGCUACCAGGACCCAGUAUCACUGGAAGUGAACGUCAUGGGCUGUAAAUUCAAGAACCCCAUAGGGAUAGCAGCAGGAUUUGACAAGCAUGGGGAGGCUGUUGACGGGCUUUAUAGACUAGGCUUUGGCUUCGUGGAGGUGGGGACCAUCACCCCCAAACCCCAGGAGGGGAACCCCAAACCACGUGUUUUCAGACUGACCACUGACCAGGCGGUCAUCAACCGAUAUGGGUUCAACAGCUGUGGUCUUGCAGCAACACGGGAGAGACUAAAGGCAAGAGAAGGCACCCAGGUAGAGCUGACUAAAGCUGGCCUGCCCCUGGGCAUCAACCUGGGAAAGAACAAGCUGUCGCAGGACGCAGCGGCAGACUACCUGGAGGGGGUGCGGACGCUGGGCCCUCUGGCUGAUUACCUGGUGGUGAACGUGAGCAGCCCCAACACCCCAGGCCUCAGGGACCUGCAGGGGAAAGGGGAACUGCGACAACUGCUGUACAAGGUGCUGAAGGAGCGUGAUGCCCUACAGGAUGGGAGCAGGCCACCUGUACUGGUAAAGAUUGCCCCUGACCUCACCACCCAGGAUAAGCAGGACAUAGCUGAUGUGGUCACAGAGCUUGGUGUGGACGGGCUGUUGGUCUCCAACACUACAGUAUCCAGGCCUGAGACUCUACAGGACCCCCAGAGUAAAGAGGUGGGAGGGUUGAGCGGCCAGCCCAUCAAGGAGCUCUCUACAUGCACUGUGAGAGAGAUGUACAGCUUGACAAAAGGUAAGGUGCCAAUCAUUGGAAUUGGGGGUGUAGCCUGUGGACAAGAUGCCCUGGACAAGAUCUGUGCUGGAGCCUCAUUGGUCCAGUUGUACACGACUUUAACCUAUCAUGGUCCACCAGUUAUCACCAAAAUCAAAAGGGAACUAGAACAGCUUUUAAAAGAACAAGGAUUUGCAAGCAUAUCGGAUGCUGUUGGAGCUGACCAUAGAGGAGCCGAGGGGAGAUUAACAGCCUAGUUAGGAACAAUGAUCAAGGCUCUGAGUGUCAGUAUCAGCCAGCUCUACAGGUUUGACUGAUUACACUACAGUUUCCUGCCUUUACUUGAAGUCUAUAGUACAUGGAGUGUCUUGCCUGAUCAAUUCAUGUAACGACUGCCUAGAAUGAUAUCUGUACACACAAAUAUUACAGCAGUAUUGGGAACCUGCCCCAUUUCACGGUUCUUAUUGGAUCUAUUGGUUAUUGGGCGAUGUAAUCAUAAGAAUGGUUAAGUGCUAAAUGACACCAAAGUGCUAACAGUAUUUUGACACUUGCAGUCACGUUAUGUGUAAUGUAUGUAAAAAAAUAAAAUAAUAAUUAAACGUU